GGUCUGUGGACUGUGCGUGGUCUGUGGCCUGUGAUUUGCGAUUGCGAAAAUAAUAAAUAAUUGUAUUAGCUAAUUGCUAUUAGCCUAUUGACUUGUUUAAUUUGCUUUGGUGUUUCGUGUUAAGUAGCGCAAAAUGCAGAUUUGAAAAUUUGCAAUUUUCAAAUUUUAUCAUGAUACGAUAGUAAAUGAAUGUGUUAGAAUUUACUACUUGUAUAUUGUAUAAAACCUUCAUGAGUGUAACCUAACUCAUUCAAAAUGCAAGAAGAUCUUGAAGUAACGGGUGUAUCCCGUAGUGGCCGUGUGAGAAAGAAAAGUUCAAAAUUAAUGGACUUUGAAUCGCCUGACGACAUAGAAACCAGGUUUCGGCGCCAAACACCAGUGAAAACCUAUGGAUUUAAACAUGAAGAACCGCCUCCGUAUAGAGAGCCUCCAAGACCUGUUGAAGAUCCUGGAACGGCAUCUGGAAGUGAAUCUGAUUAUUAUGAGAAUCCUCCCGUAGAAACUGCUGAUGGAAUGGAAACGGACAGUUCAUGGUCAGAGGAAGGGUCACCUCGGACUCCAGCGAAUUCUCUAUAUAUGAUGGAGAAGAAUAGCAAAAAGAAACUCAUUAUAAAGGAUGGGAAAGUGGUUGGACGGGCAAAAGCACAGCGUAAAGACAAGGGUAAAACUAGGAUAACAGCAUACAUGAUGUGGGCUAAGGAGGCAAGAAAUGAGCUGCUAAGGAAACAUCCCGAUAUGGAUUUCUCAGCCAUAUCCAAGAGGCUAGGAGAGUUGUGGGCAAAUGUGAAUUACAAUGAGCGUUAUUUGUGGAAACGCAAGGCGAAACGGUUUGCCAUGCAGAAGGAUCAGGCAGGCCAGGGGGUCAGCAAGAUUAUAUCCAACCCAGUUGUUCGUCCCACUCAUCCCGGCCCCGGCAGACCACCAAAGCAAAGACAGCUAGCACAGGCUGCACAACAAUCGCAGGCACUCGUUCCGUUGAACAGCGGUGCAGUUGCGGGGUCUACCAGUAGCAGUACGGGAGCCGGGGUCUAUCGCGUAGUGGGGUGUGGUGCAGUGGAGUUAGCUGCUCAUCUCAAACUGCUCGGAGAGAGUCUGGCCAUCAUCGGUGAACGACUUAAGGAGCAUGAGGGCCAGAUCGCCGUGUCAGGGUCAGUGUCGGUGCUACUGGAUACAUUACUGUGUUCGCUGGCGCCUCUAAUUGCUAUCACUCGGGCCACGCCCAUGAUUGCGCCACCAGCCAACUUACUGCAGGACACGCUUCACAACAUCGCCUAUAUCAUGCCGGGACUCUAAUAAGGGAUUAGUUACCAACUGGCCUGUAUUAACGUGCUCUAAGCUAUAUAAAGCGUGGAGCUAUAAUGGCGACAUUAAAUGAAUCCAAGGGUAGAGCUACCUAACCUUGAUUGAAAAAAAAUAAUUCUAAAAUUUACCGAAAAUAAUUGAAAUUAUAUAUUUGGGAACUAAAAUUUUAAUCACCCUUACGUGGUCGAAUAAGACGGCGCGAAAUAGGUGCACAUGAGUAAAUUAAAUGGUACAGAGGGUAAGCUUCAUGCAACCACGCGAAAUGGUUGCACUACUACAAUGAUCCGGGGCAUGUGUGAGUGUCCACUGGCCGCUCGUUGCGUACGUGGCGAGAGCCGAAAAUAACUGGUUGUCAAUCGCACAGCCAGUUGACGAUCUCAGGGUUAGCACAAAACACGUGUUGUUUUAUAAAUUGCAAGCUUGAAUACAUAAAAAGUGAUAUUAUAUUACAAAUAUGGUUGUUUACUGUACUGUAUGCAUGAAUGAUAAGAGAAAAAUGUAUCAAAUUUUAACUAUCCCAAUGCAAUAAUAUGAUAUAAUACGAAGACGCUGCAGCCAGAAUUAUCCUUUUUUACUUCGAACUGCUGCUGCAGUGUGUAUGUUAAUUUAAUUUUGUUUUUUUUUUUAAAUAAUGAUGUUUAGCGCUAAUUCCGCCAAUCUUCACAAAAAUCACGCGUUUCGCCACUACACGAGGCAUCGUCAGGAAUUGCUGAUCCGCCAAAAGCUGGAACGAGACUUAGACUUUUUCUUAAUUUCGUUUGCCAAACAUGAUCUCACCAUGAACUGCAACUGCAGAUAGGACUGUUUCCUCACGAGGGAACUCUUGAACUUAAUCGCAUUUAUUGCAUUGCUCGAGCAAAAGUUCCGCGAAAAGAUUGUGUCGUUGAUAUGCCAUGGAGUGUUUCCCGUUAGAUUUCUUAAAAACUUUAUAUUAUAUUCAGAAUAAACCACACCGUUAAAAAUCACAAAAAAAAGUUAUUUAAUAUCGAUGAUCAAACGCAAUAAAAAAACCUAAUAAAAUUAUUUUGUUUGAUUCAUCUUAACUUUUGUGACAGCCCUACGAAAAUAGGUAACAAUUUUACCCGCUCAUAAGAAGCUUAUCAUCUGUACCGUUUAUUUACUCAUGUGGUAUGUGUCAGUGACCACGCUAGCGUGUGGCUAAUAGAUUACGUCUUAAUGGUUGUUGCGAAAUGAUACCUAUUAUGGAAAACUGAUUUAUUUAGGUGAAUUGUGUAUUUUAUAUUUGAAUAUUUUUUUAUGAUUACGGUUUAGUAGUUCUACCCGUGUUUAUUUAAUGUCGCCAUUAUAUCGCUGUAUAUAGACACCAGGCCUUACAAGUAAGAUAUCAUCAUGGGCUUCUAUUUAUCUAUGUAUGUCUAGUGUAAGUCGACCUCUUAUAAAUAAUUACUUCUUUCAAAA